AUGAGGCGGCGCCUGGAGGCUCCAGUGAGCGCCCGCCAGCUUCGCCUACGUAUGAGAAGGUGUGGUCUGCCACUCAGCGCAGGCGCCUUGACGGAAAUAGGCGGAGCUGAGCCGGGCACAAAGGGGCGUAGCAUGAACCAUCCCAAGAUGCUCCCUGAUAGUCCAUCUCCUCGUGCAGCUCUCGCCCUCUCGGAUCUGCAGCCUCAAACGGGAGCCUCUACGUUUGCCGUCGGUACCGGAUCGGGUAAUUGGUCAACACACGGCGUUGGCGGUGUAGGCGGCGACUCGUUCAUGGAUAAGAACAGCAACGGAGGCGGACCGCCCAUUCGACUCAUUCUUCAACAACCAAGGUCCCUGUGGCUGUGCCUCAUCAUCGAGUGCCGGCUUCGCCCGUCAUUGCUCGUUCUUGUAAUUACUCUUCUUUCUUCUUCAUCUUCUGUUCGUGGCGACGUUAAUUUGCCCGAGUGCCAUGAUAUCCCAAAAGUGCUGUGUUGUACCGAACGUGUGUUAGAUAAAUGCUUAACUGGUUGUAUUGACUAUGUGACGGAGAAAUGCCCCCAUAAACUCGAAAAAUUUGACACGAUUGAUGAGAAGAAAUUGGUUUCAGACAAUAAAGUUGAAGUUCCACAACCAACUCGUGGUUUGCGUCCAUCCAAUGUUCCUCUGCCAAAGACUAGCCCUCGGCCUCCACGCACUGGUGAGGUGUGGAUGGACAAAUCAAAUCGGCGUCGUGCUCCAAUUGGUGGUGAUCGCAAACUCUUAAAUCAAGAGUAUCCGAUCACCGAGGUAACGGAUGCCGAUCUGACUGCCGAGUGUGGCACUGAAUCUUCUCGCCCACCUUAUUCACCCUGCUUGGCUCGAAAGACUGUCGACGACGUGUACAAGUCAUGCUGUCAGCAACAUGCAAGUUUCCUCUCUCCAUCUAGGGUGCCAGCCAACUGUCACUCAUUGUGCACAUAUGAGCAUCGUGAACACGUCGCCGCUGAGACAAUUAUCGCUGCUGUGCAACAGGACGGAUGUGAUCUCAAGUACCUGUCGUCCAUCCUGUACUGCGCCAAUCAGAAUCGAGACAAUCGAAAGUGCUGCGAGUUUCUCGGCAUGUCAAACGCCGACCUAGGAGUUGGAGAUCGAUGUUUGCGAAUGUGCGACGUUGCGCCAUCGGGUGAACGUAUCGGUUCCGUGGAAAAGACGGAUUUGGUCUGCCUUUCCAAUUGGAACGUGAUCAUGUACUGUGCACGAUCUGGACUC